AUGCGGAUUCAUCGGGAGUGUCGAAAUUAUUCGUCUGAAAAUCAUGUAAGAGAUGUUUUUGGAAAAGUGGACAAUGUUGUACAAACUGAACCAACCGAACCUGAUGCGUUGUCAACAAUGGUCAAUACAACAAAUCCAAAAUUGGCAACAGUAACACCAACCACUGCAUAUUCAAAUAUCGGUUCUCCAACAAAACGACAGCGAACUCUUCCUGGUAUAUUAUUAGACAGUACAAUAUUAUCUCCCAACGAUGAUAUGAUUGAAAUGCCAUUCUUCAAAUUACCAUUUUAA